GUGUUGUGGAGGUUACUUGAGGUGUUAGUUUAGCUAACUAGCUAACCAGCCCUUAUUGCUGUAGUCUUGACCACCGGCUCGCUGAACUGCUUUGGGCCUUGCUGCUAGCGUUACUUAGCAACUAAUCACGUCUGUGCCCCCCCACCGGGAUCCAUUUAACCCGAAGAGGUGACUGUUAAGUAAAGGCAGCUCAGCGCCACAACAUUAUACGGGAAUAAAUUUGAUAGAGUUUAUCUAAUCUAACAAUUAGUGGUGCUGGGUGAACUUGUAGCAGCAGUGUUCCCUGCUGGAGCUUCGGUGACAUUGCGGAGACUUUUGGACUUGUGGAAUUUGCCUCAGUCACUUAGCUUAUCACACCGUUAUCCUUUAGACGGCUAUUGGGAGGUUUUCAGUAGGUUUGUGAAUCUACUGAACCGGUGUUGUGCUGAUGUCUCCCAUUCUCAGCGGAGAAGAGCUACCAUACAGCUAGCUGGUAAGGGUCCUUUUUGUAAGAAGCGCUUUUUCUCCCUUCUCCCUUUUCCUCAUUUUUUUUUUCUUUUUGUUUUGAUUUUGUUUUGAUUUGUUUUUGGUGUGGAGAGAAAUCGCAUCACCAUCACAGAGCAGCGGUCAGUUGUUUUGAUGGUCUGGGGUCAAUCUGUAACCAGUGACGAACACAGGCCUUGUGGUUCAGAUCACAGGAGGAAACAUGAGCACAGCCAAGGCCAGCGGCAUCAAAGGACCUAGCAAGAUAGCUAGGCCACCUGGAACAGGGGCUCCCAAGACUAACCCCAGUACAGCUAAAACUGCUGUUGUGGACAAAGCAGCUGCAAGUGCCAGUGCCAGUGCAGGAGAGUCCGGGAAUGCGGAGGAGAACUUCCAGAUUGGGGAUCGAGUAUGGGUGAAUGGAAAUAAGCCAGGCUACAUACAGUUUUUGGGAGAAACACAGUUUGCCCCAGGACAGUGGGCAGGGAUUGUUCUAGAUGAGCCAAUUGGGAAGAACGAUGGGUCGGUGGCAGGGGUGCGCUACUUUCAGUGUGAAGCCCUGCGAGGGAUUUUUACCCGCCCUUCCAAGUUGUCUCGCACAGAGGGGGAGGCUAAUGGAACUCAGACGGCACCGACCUCCCGCGCGGCAUCACCCACUCCCUCAGUUGGAAGUGUAGCCACAAAAUCAGCACUGCCUUCAAGUACUGCAGUAGCCAAGAAGGCCUCUUCCACAACUGCGACACCACCAGCUACACCACCUUCCAACCUUGCACGCACAAAUAGUGAAUCUGUCUCCAACCUCUCAGAGACCGGAUCAGUCAAGAAGGGGGAAAGGGAACUGAAGAUCGGUGACCGUGUGUUGGUUGGCGGUACAAAGGCAGGAGUGGUACGCUUCCUUGGAGAAACAGACUUUGCCAAAGGCGAGUGGUGUGGCGUGGAAUUGGACGAGCCCCUAGGAAAAAAUGAUGGGGCAGUGGCAGGCACAAGAUAUUUUCAGUGCCAACCCAAGUAUGGCUUAUUUGCUCCAGUGCACAAAGUCACACGCAUUGGCUUUCCUUCAACCACGCCUGCCAAAGCAAAAACAACAGUUCGGAAAGUAGUGGCCACCCCGGCAGGCCUGAAGAGAAGCCCCAGUGCCUCAUCCAUCAGCACCAUGAGCUCCGUGGCAUCUUCUGUUAGUGCUAAGCCGAGUCGCACAGGCCUGCUAACAGAGACAUCAUCAAGGUAUAACCGAAAGAUUUCAGGCACCACAGCCCUGCAGGAGGCACUCAAGGAGAAGCAGCAGCAUAUUGAGCAGCUCAUGGCUGAGAGGGACAUGGAGAGGGCAGAGGUUGCCAAGGCCACAAGUCAUGUUGGCGAAAUGGAGCAAGAAAUUACCUUGCUCAGGGAUGAGCAUGAGCAGAUGGAGGCAAAGAUGGAUCAGUUGCGUGCCUUGGUAGAAGCUGCGGACAAAGACAAGGUGGAGCUGCUGAAUCAGCUUGAGGAGGAGCGUAGGAAGGUGGAGGACCUUCAAUUUCGUGUUGAGGAAGCUUGCAUUACCAAAGGAGACCUGGAGACGCAGACCAGACUGGAGCAUGCCCACAUUAAGGAGCUUGAACAGAGCCUGCUCUUUGAAAAGACCAAAGCUGAGAAACUCCAAAGAGAGUUAGAAGACACUAGGGUUGCUACUGUGUCAGAAAGAUCCCGUAUUAUGGAACUUGAGAGGGACCUUGCGCUUCGAACAAGAGAGGUAGCUGACCUGCAGCUGCGUCUCGGGAUCCAGCAGGGCUCUGAAGACUCGAAUUCCACUCUUUCUCCCCUCCUGGAAGAAAUAAACUCUCUGAGGGAUCAGUUGUCUUCCCAGGUAACUAGUCAUCAGGAAGAGCUGGGUAAAUACAAGGAGAAGCUAGAAGCUCAAGAAAAAAUCCACAGUGAGGCAGUUGCUCAGCUUCAGGCUACAUCUGUAAGGCUGUCUGGUGACAAAGAGCAGUUGCAGAUGCGUUUAAGUCAGGCAGAGAAGGAGAAUACUGAGAUUGUUAAACUGUGGCGUUCCAAGUUGGAGGCUACUGUUACCUCUCACCAGCAAGCCAUGGAAGAGCUGAAGGUGUCCUUCAGCAAAGGUGCAGGUGCUCAGACAGAAGAACUCGUAGAAACCAAAAGUGCACUUGAGAAGCUGAAGUUGGAGCACAAGUCAGCUCUGGAGGAGGUUGAAGCCAAACACAAAGCUGAAGCCUCAGCAUGGACUCAGGAGUUGCAGGCACUGAAUGAACAGGUCCUGGCUCUGACUGAGGACAAGGAGCGAGUGGAGGAGUCACUCCGGUCCAGUGUUGAAAAAACAGAGGAGCAGCAUCUUGUGGAGAUGGAGGAUGUUCUUGGAAAGCUUCAUGCUGCUGAAAUUAGGGUAAAGGAGCUUGAGGAGAAGGAAGCAGCGCUAGCACAACAGGCUCAAGACAAGGAUAGAGAAACCAAAGAACAGAUGGCUGAAAUGGUGGCUCUGCGCAGCAAAGUAGCACAAAGUAACCAGGAGCUUGUAGAUCUGAAGGCUCAGUUAAGUGAGGUACAGAGCCAAGGAGACAACCAGGGUGCUAAGGUCGCUGAAUUGAACACUCAGUUGGAGGGCAAACAGCAGGAAGUCCUCACUUUACACCAGAGUCUGACUGCUGUAAAGCAUGAGAAGGACACCCUGGAACAAGAGCUUAGAGGCCUGAAACAAAAGGUGACUGAAAGCACAGAGGAGCAGACUAAAUCAUCAAAAACUAUGCAAGAAACACUUGAGAAACUGAGUAAGAAGGAAGAGGAAUGCAUAUCCUUGAUCCAAGGAUCAGAGUCAUUAAGAAGUCAGCUUGCUGGGUUGGAGAGGAAGCUGAAGGCCUCAGAUGAAAAGAAUGAACAGCUUUCAAAAAACAAAAGCAAGCUGGAAAAUGAUAUUUCAGACAUGAUGAAGGCAUCAGGUGAUAGUUCUGUACAGCUGACCAAAAUGAAUGAAGAUCUCAUACAGAAAGAAAGGAGGCUGGAGGAGUUACAGAAUCAGCUAGCAGAGGAGAAAGAGAAGGUGGCACGCUUGAAUGAACAACUGCAACAGGAAGUGUCCCACAAAGAGCAGGAGCUGAAAGAGACUAGAGAGGCACAUCAGACUGAAUUAAGUAGCCUUCAGGAGAAGAUCACGACCAUGGAGAAGACUGUUAAACAGGGUGAGACGCUAGUUGAGGAACUCAAGGCCUCACAUGAGAAAUCCCUGAAUCAGUCAUCUGAGCUCCACGCGAAGGAAGUCGAGACGCUGCAGUGUCAGGUCAACAAGUUGGAGCAGGAGUUCUCCUCUUCCAAGAGCAAAACCCAAGAGCUAGAGAAGAUGGUAUCUGAACUGCAGCCAUACAAAGAGCAGGCUCAGUGUUUUUCUGCUGAGCUUGACUCCUACAAGCAUAAUGUUGAACAGUUGUCCAAAAAACUGGAAAAGCAGAGCCUAGAUCUGGAAAACGUGUGUAAGGAAAAUGAGGAUCUUAAAGCUGAAAAAGGCAACCUGGAGAAGCAGCUUUCAGAUGUGCAGGCUAAGCUCUCCGCCCUUGAUAUUAUUCACCAGGAACUCUCAGACAAGAAUAAAGAACUGCUUAUAACCAGAGAUGAACUAACACAACAUCAAGAGGAACUACUGGCCACCAAGAAGCAUUCAGAUGAAGAGAAGGCUUCGAUGAACAAGGAAUUUGAGAAGCUCAAAAGCUGCCUUCAAGAAGCACAGACUGAAAUCAAAGAUCUUAAACAAAGUAAAAGUGAAUACCUGGCCCAAAUUGAGGAGCUCCAAAGACAAAAUGCAGAGAAGAAUGAUUCUCUGCUAAAGCAUCAACAGGACACUCAGCAAAUUGAGGCAAAAAAGAAGCAGCUACUCGAGGAUUAUGAAAAAGUCUGCAAGGAGAGGAACCGGUUUGAAGAGGACCUCAAUGAAAGCAAGUCAAAGCACAUGUGUGAGAAGGACAGUCUAAUUUUAGAGAGAGAUUCUGCUAGAAAUGCCAAAAAGUCUCUUGAUGCUAAGAAUGCUGAGUUGCAGGCAAAACUGAAAUCCCUGAAUUUAGAAAAAGAAGACCUUACAAUGAAGAAUACCCAGCUCCAAGCCCUAGCAGAAACACUGACAAAAGAGAAAGCAGAGAUGUCCUCUGAAAUCAGUGCAGUCAUGCUGGACAAAAAGAGCCUUGAGAAUGUGAAGGAGGAGCUCCAGAAUAAGCUUAGUAUUAUGAAGAAAGACUUGGAGAGCUGUGUUCGUGAAUGUGAAGAACUUAAGGUCUCAAAAAUGAGCUUGGUCCAGAUGCUUGAAGAGUUCAAGACAAGCAGUAAAGUGACUGAUUCUGAAAGGAUUCACCUGCUACAGGAGAAAGAAGACCUACUUGCAAUCCAAAGAAAAUCCUCUAAUGAGAAAGAAGAGCUUCUCAGAGAGAUACAAGAAUUGAAGGAAAGGCUUCAAGUAUCAACAGAACACCUGACCCAGACCAGGGAGAAAUUUGAUGAAGCUUUAUCAUCUUUUGAGCAAGAGAAGCAGGUGCUUCGCCUUCUGAAUUCUGAAACAGAGAUGUCUCUACAUGCUUUACGAAAAGAGAAGAUGAGCCUGGAUUCAACACUGGAACAGCAGAAAAUGGACUAUGAGCAUUUGACUGAGGAGAAGGGAGAGUUAGAAGAGAAGCACACAAAGGCCAUAUCUGAGAAAAAUGCUGUUUCUCUUGAACGUGAUAAGCUAGCUGGUGAUAUCCGAACGUUGAAGGACCAAUUGGCUAGUUCCUCCAGAACUAAUGUUGACCUUAUUCAGGAGAAGACACAUUUAUCAACAAUGCUAGAGGAAACCAAACGGCAAAAAGAGGAGAUUGAAGCAGAGUUGACCUCUUUGAAACGGGAAAAGACUAACCUGCAAAAUGAACUGCAGAAACAGAACUCUGAUAAUGAAAUGCUUGAGAAGUACAAAGUACAACUUGUUGAAGAGCACAGUAAAUUAAAAGUAGAUUUUGAGAAGGCUAAUUUGGAGCUUGGUAGUCAGGUAAAGAAACUUACAGAAGAACAUGAACAUCUACAGUCAUUACAGACCGAGGCCGAGAAAAAAGUGCAGUCCUUGCAGAAAGAAAACCAGGAGCUGCUUCAGGAGAUCCAAGAGUUGAAAAGUCAGAUUAAUUCAGUGUCCGAGGCCAAGCACAUGCUUGAGACACAGCUACAGGCUGAAUCUAAUGAACGGAAUAAAGCAGUUUCUGACCAUGAUUGUCUUUCCAAGCAAAUUGAGGAACUGCAGAAAAAUUUAGACAAAGUUGCUCAGGAAAAAGAAGAAAUUUCAUCUAACCUCAGCAAUGUUGAAGAGCAAAAUAAGUCAUUUAGGGUGGACAUGGAGGCUUUGAAAACACAACUGAAGCAGCAGGAACAAGAAAAUUCCCAGUUAACAAAAGAUAAAGCUGAAUUAUUCUCAAAGCUGGAGGAGCUGGGGAGACAGAUGACCUCACUGUCCACAGAGAAGGAAGCACUAGAGCAGGGGAUUUCUUCUCUCCAGAUGGACCAAGAGAACUGGCUUACAGAACGGUCAAGGCUUCUUGAAGAGUUGGAAUGUUUGCGGGUUAGUCAGGAGCAACUACAGGCUGAUGCUAAGGCCCUACAGACAGCCAAAGAAAUUUUGGAAAAGCAGUAUCAAAAUGCUGUUGCAGAGGUAUCUGUUUCCACCGCUGCAAAAGAAGAAAUUUCCUCCAGCAUCUCACAUCUAACAGCUCAGAAGGAUGUCCUGCAGGUGGAGAGAGAUGGCGCCAUCCAGCAAGUCAGGGAGCUGGAAUCACAGCUAAAAAAUGCCAUUUCUAAGCAGCUUGAGGCUACAGAGGCCUCUGGCAAGACUGCUGAGGCUCUCGAACAGCUGACAAAAGAGAAGGCCAUUUUGAUUCAGCAGAAGAACGAAGUCCAGUCUUUGCUGGAAGGGCUGCAGACUUCCAAGCAGGAAAUGGAGACCCAGCUGGAAACAUUGAAGAAAGACAGUACUAAGUAUCAAGAAGACCUUAAUGUAUCCAAAGAGCAGCUUUGCACUGAAACUCAGAGGACCAAGAGUAUGUGCCAGGAAAUUGAGGAGCUUAAAGAAGCAGUUAAUGUGAAGUCGCAGUCCCUGCUGACACUGCAAGAUGAAAACAACAAACUGACUCAGGAGCUUGAUAACAAACACAGAGACCAGAGUGAUCUUGUGAAGCUUAAGGAUGAGCAGUCAAAACUCAAAAACCAGUUGGAAGAGUUGAAGCAAAGCCUGCCAAAUAAUGCCUUCAGUGAGAGCGCCUUGAAGGAACAGUUGGACAAGGAGAAGACUGCCCUCCAGCAGUCCAUCCAUAAAAACAGUGCCUUAAUGUCAGAAAAGGACCAGCAGCUGGAAAACCUCAAGACUGAGCUGGCUGUUCUGCAUGGGGAAAGUGCCUCAGUUAAGACACUGCAGGGUAAAAUUCAUGCCUUGGAGCAGGACAAAGCUACUUUACAGGAACGUGUUCAGAGAUUGGAGAAGGACCUGGCCACAGGGCCCAUCAAUCAGUCCUCAGGUGAUGCAGUGUUGGACCAAAUGAGGGAGGACAAGGAGACUGCAGAGAGUCAGGCAGCGAUUGAUUUCCUGAAUUCAGUCAUUGUGGACCUCCAGAAGAAGAACCAGGAACUCAAGGACAAACUGGAGACAAUGGCCGCUGCUUCCCUUAAUGGAAAUAAUCCAAGUGAGCUGGAUAACUAUGAUAGCCACGACAAGCAACCUGCGAAGAAGAAACCUCCCCCGAGGCUUUUCUGCGACAUCUGCGACUGCUUCGACCUCCAUGACACAGAGGACUGUCCCACACAAACGCAGAUGCCUGAUUCCCCUCCACACACCACCUACCACGGCAAUAAGGGCGAGGAACGGCCCUACUGCGACAUCUGUGAGGUCUUUGGCCACUGGACCGACUCCUGUAAUGAUGACCAGACCUUUUAAAGCCUUGUUUUCCAAACCCUCGUUCGCACAAUCACUAUAUUUGCACAUCAUGUUGGAUUACGCUGUGCUUCUGGGGUCCUAGUUUAUGCGUGUGCGUGCAUUUUGUGUGCUUGUUUUUGCCAAGCAUCUUUGUUGUCCACACCACCCCUUAAACACUCUUACAGGAGAAUGGUCUCUACAGAAUCUCUUCAGUCAUCCAGAAAAAGUGCUACACAUGAAAUAAGUUUGAUUUGUGAUUGACUGGAGGAAAGAUGUUUGAUAUCCCGGGUUUGUGUGAGUGAGACGGUAAUCUAGGUGGAUGUAUCAUUCUGGGAGAAGCAGCAGUCUUCUUCAAAUCGUUUAUUUAUCAAUAUGUUAACACCGUUUGCACAGCUUGUCAGGGGGUUACAGAGAUAAUAUACUAUAAUAAAGUUGUUUAUUUGAAACUGUAAAUGACUUGGUUGGAAAAACAAAUAUCAGUUUUGCGCAAAGUUGGGGAGUUAUAGUAUAUUUUUUUAAUGCCUGGAAAUACUAUGUACUUAAAGAUUUGAUAGUGUGUGUAAAUUUGUGACAGGGAGAGGUUUGCUUGCUCUAAUAUGGAGUUAGAGCAGUGAAAGCAGUCCUGUUUGGCUUUAAUAUGGAACUUUUUGUGUUUUUUACGGAAAGGGACUGCAGGAAGAUUAAUAAGAAACAGUUAAAGCUCGUAAUUCUUACUUUAAGCUCUCAGUUCCAGUCAAAUGGCCUUUCCGAAAAAAGUUUCAUAGAAGAUAUUUAAAAAAAAAAAAAAAAAAGAAAAGAAAAUAAUUUCUGUAU